GGGAGCCAAUGAGCAGGGGGCCUUCUGGGGCCUGAUGGCGGGGCUGGCUGUGGGCGCCACGAGGCUGGUCCUGGAGUUCCUGCACCCGGCCCCACUGUGCGGCGAGCCCGACCUGCGGCCCGCCCUCCUCCGCAGCAUCCACUACCUGCACUUCGCUGUGGCCCUGUUCGCGCUCAGCGGUGCUAUUGUGGUGGCCGGGAGCCUCCUGACCCCACCUCCCCAAGAUGAUCAGAUCGAGAACCUCACCUGGUGGACCCUGGCUUGGGACCUGCCCUUGGGAGCCAAAGGUGACAGCCAGACGCCCAGGAAGCGUGCUUUUUGGGCCCGCGUCUGUGGCGCCAACGCCAUCCUCCUCAUGUGCGUGAACAUCUUCUUCUAUGCCUAUUUCGCCUGACACCACCACCCCCGGGAAGGACGCAGGGGCCCUGAGGCCUCAGCCAGCCCCCUUCCCACUGAGAAGGGCCAGGACCCAGGACUGACCAGCCAGCACCGCAGGAGCUCCGGAUAACUAGGGGGAAGUGGGGAGACAGAGUAUGACAUAAAAUAGCACCAAACACCCAUAAUCAGGAAGAAAAUCAGACUCUUGACGGGCACCCUUGUCCUGGCUGUA